CGUUAAAUCAAAAUUAAACGAUGACGAAUCCGUCUCGUUUUCUUCUUUUUCAACCUAUGAGCGUGAAGAUUGAUUAUGUCUCAGUGUUUGAAUAUUUUCAUGACCGGCUGAACGUGCUUCAUAUAGGAAUAAAAUAUUGUCUCAAAGAUAAAGAGGUCAACGGAGCAGUUGACUCGUUGCAGUACAGGAACGUUAGAAGAUAUUUUGGAUAAUUCAAACGGAAUAACAACCCGAACUGUGUCUGAAAAGAUCAUGAGUAUCUGUAAAAACACUACGCGUUGGAUAUUAGUUUUCGAUGUGUUCCUCGCUUUAUCAGUUAUCGUACUUCUAGGAGUAUUGGAAUUCAGAGCAGUUCCGCGACAACAUAUUGGCUUUUAUUGUAAUGAUCCAAAAAUUUCUUUCAAGUUCAAAGGAGAUACAAUUUCUAAUUCAUUUUUAAUAUUUGGAUGUCUUUUAAUACCAAUUAUAGUGAUGUGGAUAGCUGAAUUUUUAUGUUAUCCUGCAAGUAGUUAUGCAACUGAAUUAGGAUAUGUUGGUUCGAGAGCAAAACAAAUAUGGUUGUGGUAUAGACAAUUUUUAAUUGGAUCUGUUAGUUUAUUGUUUACAUGUGAAGUUAUAAAAACUGUAAUUGGCGAACCAAGGCCGCACUUUUUGGAUACCUGUAAGCCACGAGAGGCUGAGAAUUGUACUGAUGGAUACGUGGAAAAAUAUACAUGUACAAAUACAAAUGUUUCAGACUGGAGUAUCUUAGAUUCUAGUAGAUCAUUUCCAUCUGGUCAUUCUUGUCUUUCCAUGCAUACAACUAUUUUUAUUAUAUGUUAUAUACAGCGCCGUUUGCCAGAUCGCUCGAUUAUGCUAAAACCAUGGUUACAAUUGUUGAUGUGCAUGUGGACCGUAGUAUGCUCAUUAACCAGACUUGUUGACAAUAGACACCACUGGUGGGAUGUACUCGCAGGCAUCAUUAUGGGUUUUAUUUGUGGCACAGUAAUUGUUAACGUACUGUGUUGUAAGUUUCAUAUAAAUCGAAAAAUCUCACAAAUCUACUGUGAAAAUGGACAAGUUAAUAUUGAUUAUGAGACAAAACAAAACGGCAAUAAACUUUUACACGAAACAACAAUUGAUCUAUCAGAAAAUCGGGAAUUAAAAAAUGUUAAGUCAUCGACAUGGAAGGAGUAAAAA